AUGGUCCAACCAGGAAUGAGCUACAAGGAGAUUGGGGACGCUCUCACGUCUUUUCUUGAGAUCGCUCUUCACACGGUUCUCUGCAUCAGGCAAAUCUAUCCACCGACGACUUUUACCCGCCGGCGUGCUCAUGGCGUUCCAGUCUAUCAAUCCCGCCACCCCACCGUGCGGUCCUACAUUGCUCAGGUGAUCGCCAGUGUCGGGAAGGAGAUACAAGAGGGCAGAUUGCGGAGAAUGACCGUGGUGAUCAAGAGCGUGCGGACCGGGUUGCCAAUGGAGAGGCUGAUAUUCGAUAUUGGAUACAUCAUGGGACUGGAGGGAAGGAAGGAUAUAGGCUUGACUGGUGCCCCCAAUGCCGAUGAGCUAGGUCUCAUGCUGCGUGGAUUUCUUGUCAAACUUGUUGCCUUGGAUGGACAGCUACGUGAAAAUAAAGACGAGUGUACUUUUGCGAUUGUCGUAGAGACAAACGACGACCUCGAGCCAUCGGGCAACUCAACCGCGGAUGUCGGCCCAUGGGUACCCGCUCUGGCAUCUGACGUGCUGCAACACGCAGAGGGAUCUGAUAAGAGCUUGGAGAAGCAUGAGCCGUUGCUGAGCAUCAAGGCCGUCGAGACAGGUGUCAUCGAUAUACGCUUGAUGGUACAAGAAUGUGUUGCAAAGACUGGAGUGGAAGAUCUGACCUAUUGA